UAGUUUGAACGGUGUAAGCCAGUAAUCGAAAUGGCAACUUUAUCCACAAUAAUUUUUUUUCAAUUACAGAUCGGAGUAGUAAACGGCAGCGAAGAAUACAAACUUGGAGUAUUGAUGAAUGCUGACAUGAAGAUCUUUUCCAAAAUCUUCGACAUCACAAACGCUCUUCUCAAAUCAGAGAUCGACGGUGCCUUUGUAGACAGCUUCACGAUCACAGCGCACUUGGACCUUAUUAGGGAUCAUCCAAUCAGAAUUGAGCGCACGAUUGAGCACCCGGUAGUGUACGGUCUGGUUUUGGCGGGAAAUUCAUCGCGGAUGGCAGAGUGCACGAGGCGUUAUGUUGAGAACUAUCCACGGAAGGUUUUUCAAAGGAUUGCUGAUCAUCUCAAGCCACUUAAGAACCCGUCAGAUUCAGUCAGUCAGGAGGUUAAGGCAGCUGAGGGGUUAUUCUAUGAAGAAGGCGCCUUCAAGAUAAUUGUGUAUUGUGGGGUCGCCAUUUUGGGCGUGCUGAUCAUUGCUGGACUGGUCUACGAGUUUCUUGCCAAGAAAUAUCUGCAGCCAAAGCGAUUGAGGGAAGAGAACAAUUACCAGAAUGUUGAGUUAGUGAAGCAAACAAGCGCCGAUGGCCACACUGGCAGUGCAACCGAGGGAGACCUGGAAGAGCUCUUACAAGAUUACAAGACAUUCCAUGACACGUGGGUUGAAAAGUGCAAGAGGCUUCAUGGGAAGCCGUAUGGGUGCUGAGUUACGCGGGAAAUAUGCUCAUAUAUUAAUACAUAUAAGACAGAAAUAGUUAUAGUGGACAUUAUUAACGACUGUAUCGAGAGUUUGCUAAAGAAUUAAGUGACUAACUGGCAAAGCCUAGAAAUCGAGAAUUGCUACUCGUAUUACGUAAUAUUGCAGCGGCAACGAAAGCGUCACCAAACAAAAGGUUUAAUAAGCAGUGUAAUGGUUUUUUUUUUUUUAAUUAUUAAUGUACAAAUUUAGAAACCGGACUGGAUCCGGCUUAAGAGAAGGUUACACUUAAUACUUUGUUUGUAAUGAAGAGAGUAGAAUAUGUGCAAUACUUCUACUACAUAUUAAUAAGUAUAAGAUGUUUCUGUCAUAACCGAUCUAGUAAAUGUCUUCACAUUAGUUCUGUAACAACGUUUGAAGUAAAAAAAAAAAAGUGUGUCCCAAGUCUUUGUCAGCUGAUCCGAUGAGGUCUGAACAUUGUAGUGGUUGAUUUUAUGAUGUCUUAUUACUAUCAUUUGCCCUUCAUUGCUGUUCAGGAAAUUUUGCUAUGAUGAACGCGACAUUUUCUCUAACGUAAUAUUACAUAAAAUGAAGGAAUGCUACAAAUUAAACUAUAGAGUCUAAUGUUUAAGUUCUAUAUGUAAACCAAAUAAAUAAUGCAAAUGGAAUAGAACUGAAAAGAAGAGAUUUAAACUGAGAAGCAGUGCUGUCACGUCGCUACUGAAGUAAAAUGGAUUUCGCGGAAUGCUGUAAUAGGAACCCUCAUGUGAUAAUAAAUAAAUAGAAAUAAAUAAAUCACUUUAUU